AUGGAUGAAGAAAUCAUGAACAUGUAUACGUCCUUCCCACAACUCGACUAUGCAGAGGGUUCCAGCCUACGGUCGACAAGUGUUACUUGGAACAGUGGCACUUCGGGGCUCAGCUUAGAUGAUGUGGCCUUUUCAUGGGCUGCUAUUCUUCAAAUCCUGACCGGAGAUGAUACCCCUGUCUUUUCUUUAAAUGGAGAUGCUGUGAAAACCGAUUUGUUAAAGAGGAGCUUUGAAAGGGUGAAGAUUGCCGAGAUCAGCCAAAAGGGACUUGGAUACACCGGAUCCGCCACGCCCCCCGAAGACUGCAGCCUUGCAGUGAGCUGUUCGUUAGAGCAGGGCAAUGGAUAUAUUAUAUCAACCGGCGGUGUCGCAAAUACUUAUCUUGCGCAACUUGCAAGGCAGCUUGAGUCCAAUAUUACGGCCUCUUCUCAAUUGUCAUCUAAUAAUAUUGAGCUCUCUGUUGUGAAUCCCGAGCCACAUUCGAUACAAGGCCCAUCCCUUUUACAUGGCAUGGUCUCGAAACGCUGCGGAGAAAACUUGGCCUUGGAGUUUCUCGAUAAAAAUAGAACCCGGUAUACGCUUAGUUAUGAUGAACUUCAUGCUCGUUCUUCGCACCUGGCGUCGCGCAUUCGGAACUCACUUGAAUAUUCGCCACCUACCACCCCAAUAAUUCCCCUUUUAAUUCCCCAGUCGCCAGAGUUAUACAUUACUUGGCUAGGCAUCCUCAAGGCCGGAGCUGCAGUUUGCCCCCUGCACAUAGAUGCUCCCCCAGACCGCGUUAACUUCAUCGUUAACGAUGUCGCUGCAAACUGCGUCGUUACGUUGAAAAGUUUAAUUGGAACAUUUUUUGGUGUUGAAAGGCCGCUUGUUGUUAUUGCCAUUGAUGAUGAAACCAGCGAUUAUGGUGGUACAGGGGCAGAAGGUGAUAUUUAUAUUCCUCCCGAAGGCCUCGCAUAUGUAAUGUAUACGUCAGGCUCCACGGGAGUGCCAAAGGGUGUUGCUCUUUCACAUUAUGCUGCAACCCAGGCGCUUCUAGCCCACGAGGAGCACAUCCCACAUUUUAAAAGAUUUUUACAGUUUGCUGCCCCAACAUUCGAUGUUUCUGUUUUCGAAAUACUUUUCCCUCUUUUUAGAGGUGCUACUCUUGUGGCUUGCGAACGCAAUUUGAUGCUAAAUGAUUUGAUUGGCGUGAUGACUGAGUUGGAAAUUGAUGCCGCUGAGCUUACCCCUACAGUGGCUGGGGAGUUACUCCGUAAAAGAAAGGCAGUGCCAUCUCUGAGACUUUUAUUAACAAUUGGUGAAAUGUUAACGCGGAGGGUUGUUGAUGAGUUUGGUUUUUCGAGCUCAGAUAACGGUGCUCUCUAUGCCAUGUACGGGCCUACAGAGGCCACAAUACAUUGCACCAUUGCCCCGAAGCUAUCCACUGGCUCGCGUGUGGGGAACAUUGGUACGCCCCUUCAAUCUGUCUCUGCUUUGAUCAUUCCUAUACAGCCUUCUGUGAGUGGGGAGCCAGAAGUUCUUCCAGUUGGUUGCAUCGGAGAGCUUGUUGUCGGAGGGUUACAACUCGCAACUGAGUAUCUCAAUCGUCCGGAGGAAAACCAGAAAGCAUUUAUUAUGAGCCAAAUAUAUGGACGGCUUUAUAGAACCGGCGACAAAGCUCGACUUCAUCCCAAUGGUCAAAUUGAAUGUCUUGGUCGGGUGACAUCAGGACAGGUGAAACUUAGAGGCCAACGUAUGGAAUUGGGGGAGGUUGAAAGCGCCAUUUUCAAAGCGCCCGGUAUUGUGAGCGCUGCCGCUUGUGUCGUGGAUGGCAUUCUCGUCGCCUUUGUCUCACAAGACGGAGGCUCGGGCCCUGGAGCCGUACGAAAAAUAUGUCAAAAGUGGCUUCCGAAAUUCAUGGUUCCCAGUGAUAUUAUUCCUAUGGAUACCUUACCACGUCUAGCAUCAGGAAAAAUUGACAGAAAAGCCUUAGAACAGAGCUAUUCUGCUUCUAAGCAAUUCCAAAGCACUAACCCCUCGAAGUACAGUUCGGAGACUGAACGCAAAAUAGCUGACUGUGCUGGCAAAAUUCUAUCAUCUCCAGUAGAUCCCCUAGAAAGUUUAACGAUGCUGGGUCUUGAUUCUCUCAAAGCGAUCAAACUUGCCUCGAGCCUGCGAAACAUGCGACUGAAUCUUGAUGUGUCACAUAUACUGGAGGCGGAUUCAAUUCGAGGCAUAGCGAAAAUUGCGAAGACUCUUCCUUCUAAAGAAGACCCUGGCUCAAUCUCCAUUUCAGCUUCUGAACCAUGGAUCAAUGUUGUUGAAGCUGCAAAUGCCGCCAUACGGUCCUUGGGGUGCCAUUCAGUAUCCUAUGAAGUGCUGCCGUGCAGCUCAAUGCAGAUAUCUAUGAUCGCAGAAUCCAUGAGAAUCAAAGGACCAUAUUCAAAUUGGGUCGAAUUGGAAUUUGGGCAUGAAAUAUCAUUGUCUGACGUACGUAGUGCAUUCUCUCUCAUUGCUGCACAAAACGAAAUCCUUCGAUCAGGUUUCGUGGAGACCAAUGUUCAGGGACAUACAUAUGCACAGAUCGUUUGGCAAUCUCUUCACGAAGAUGCGUUUGUUGAAAGUCACACGUUUCAAUAUGAUUUGGCAUUCCAUACUCAUUAUGAUUUACUGCGUCCUCUUUUGGUUGAACUUCAAGCGCGUAACGGCCGGAUCCGUGCUCUCGUCCACAUUCAUCACGCCAUUUACGAUGGAUGGUCCUGGGAGCAUAUUACGGCCGAUCUUCAGACUCAUUUGACUAAAUCGCCAUGCAAACAAAGACCGCAGUAUCGACUCUUUGUUGAUCAUGUUUCCAGAUUUCUCGAAUCGCAAGCAAGGAUAGACGCCAUUGAUUAUUGGCGAGACCACCUCGAAGAUGUUUCACCUACAGUAUGGCCCAACUUUCAGGAACACAGCGAUAUACCCCGCAGAUUGAGGUCAACAAAACGUAGGCUGGAUGUCGAUAUUUCAUGCCUGGAUGCCGUUUCCCGUGAUUUGCAUAUCAGUCGUCAAACGAUUCUGCAAGGCGCCCUUGCAAUUCUUUUCGGACAAUACAAUGGAAUAUCAGAUGUUGUUUUUGGCUCUGUAACUUCAGGUCGCACAGUUCCUGUGGACGGUAUUGAGGACAUCAUUGGCCCCUGCAUUAACACGCUUCCAAUUCGCAUCAAUUUGGAAAAAAUUCGAACGAUCCAGGACUUACUUGCCACUCUUCAUAGUCUCAAUAGAAGGUCGCUUGUUCAUGGACUUCUUCCGUUUCGCGACAUAAAGGCGGCAUCGAAACUCCACCCAAGCGUAGCGCUCUUUGACACCUUGUUUGUCUGGCAGGACACGGCGAAUGAACACCAUGUUUCACCAGAUAUUCUGGAUGAAGUCGCAUCGGCCGAUGCUUUAGAAUUUUGCCUCACUUUAGAAUUCGAUAUCAAAAAUGGUGUUCUAUCCGCAAAGGCUACUUACCAAGAGUCCACACUACCAGAGUCACAGGUUAAUAUCCUAUUUGAACAACUGGAAAAUUUAGCUUCCAUUUUUAUUGACAAGCCAGACCUCAAUCUCAAGGACAUAAACGAACAUCUUCCAUUAUCAUGUUUGUCUACGGAGAAUGCUCACUUCACCAGUACUGCUGUCCUCCCUAGCCUUUCGGAUGGAGUCAGGCAGGUCGCAGCUCUCGAUCCUUCGAGAACGGCUGUGGAGUUCCUAGAAGCGUUCGAUGCAGACAUGGGUACCAUCAGCAUUCAAAAACUAUCUUACUCCGAGCUUCUCACGCGUUCUGACUGUCUUGCAAAUCGACUCCGUACGCUGGGGGUUGGACCCGGAUCAUUAGUUUGCAUUUAUCUAGAAAAGUCACUUGAGCUUUAUAUAUCCAUAUUGGCUGUCAUCGACACUGGUGCCGGAUACGUGCCUUUGACUCCUCAAACUCCCGUUCAAAGGGUGCAUGCUAUUGUGUCUGAGGCAAGUUGCUAUGUUUGUAUCACUACUUCCCAUCUCCUGGCUAACUUAGAAUCCUUAAACGAUAUUAUUGCUCUUGAUUCCGAUGGUAUGGCGCUGAACGGCUUUACUCCCUCCAAGCUUAUACCUCAGAACGAAGGCCAACAUAUCGCAUAUGUCAUUUUUACCUCUGGAAGUACAGGUGUGCCCAAAGGUGUCCUGGUAUCCCAUGAUAAUAUGAGGGACAACAUUGCUGUCCUGUCCGAAAUAUACCCCACCUCUAACGGAUCCAAAUUGCUCCAGGCAUGCUCCCAUGCUUUUGAUGUCUCCGUGUUCGAAAUAUUUUUUACGUGGGCCAUGGGAAUGACCCUGUGUUCAGCAACAAACGAUGUUCUCUUUCGGGAUAUUGAACAGGUCAUUCGCAUAUUCAAUGUCACACAUCUCAGCCUUACUCCCACAGUUGCUUCUCUUAUCAAGCCUCAGAACGUCCCCCAAGUUCAGUUUUUAGUUACUGCUGGCGAAGCCUUGACUGCAGGAGUAGCGCAGGAGUGGGCUGGUGUUGGGAUAUAUCAGGGUUACGGUCCGUGCGAGACAACGAACAUUUGUACCAUCAAACCUCGUGUGAGCAAAGUGGAUUUCUUGAGCAACGUCGGAAAGCCAUUCAAAAAUACAUCAGCUUUCGUUAUUUCUGAUACACCAUCAUCUUUCUCUCUUGUGCCUAAAGGUGCUAUUGGAGAGCUCUGCUUUGGAGGUACUCAAGUUGCUUUAGGAUAUUUGAAUAUGCCAAAUCUCACCAAAGAAAAAUUUAUUGAGCAUGCGGAAUAUGGCAGAUUGUAUCGCUCUGGAGAUUAUGGGCGCAUGCUUCCUGACGGUUCUCUAGCCUUUGCAGGCCGUCGAGAUGAUCUAAUCAAACUCAGAGGGCAACGCAUCGAACUAGGGGAGAUAAACACUGCUAUCCUCCGACAUCCUCUUGUAAAAAGCUGUACAACCUUUGUUUACAAGUCCAGUGGGAAUCAACUGUUAGUGUCGUAUUGGGUACCUACUCCUGAAAAUAGCGACUGCGUCCUUAAGGGGUCGGAGUACUCAGCAUCUUUCUCUAGAGAAAUUUUCGACAGCAUUUCCCAAAUACUGCCAAAAUACAUGAUUCCUUCUUUUAUCCUACCGAUACAACGUAUACCUAUGACAGUCAACGGCAAAGUCAAUACGAAUGCUUUGGUGGAUAGAUUUUCUCAGUUAGCCCCUGAGUAUCUAGAUCUCUUCGGGAAUAAUUCAGAAAUUUCAGACAACACUGAAGAAUUUUCAGAGGCAGAGUCACAAAUUGUUCAACUUAUUGCCUCUGUGACCAACACAUCCCCUUCACUAAUUGGUCGUCACUCCUCGUUUUAUCGCUUGGGUAUGGACUCCAUCUCAGCAAUACCGUUCUCGAGGCUGCUGAAAUCGGCUGGGUAUGGUCAGGUAGAUGUUUCGGUUAUUAUGAAAAACGAUACCGUUUCCCGUCUCGUGACAGCUAUUAGCUCAAAAGUCAGCACCGAUAUCAUCAGACAGCAUGAUCUUCCCUCUUUGGGAAAACUGUUUUCUGAAAAAUUCAUUGAGAAAGUGAAAAGCAACGUAGAACAGGGCAAAGAAAUCAGAAAGAUUCUGCCAUGCACUCCAUUACAAGAAGCAAUGCUAUCAAAGUUUUCAUCCGUUGACUCCACGUCGUACUUCAAUCAUCUGACUUUUGACAUUCUGGCGAAUGUCUCCCAUUUGAAAUCCGCUUGGAAAGUCAUGGUUUCACGGCAUGAUAUUCUUCGAACAUAUUUCUUGCCAACAGAUAACGCCCGGUUCGCAUUUGCGCAAAUUGUCUUAGACACUGCAGAGUUACCUUGGACCCGCUUGAAGUGUUCUGAUGCGGAUUCAGAUAAUACCAAGGAAAGCCUAGCGCAUUCGGCGAUUUACCACGACAGAACAACACUGCCAUAUAUAUUCAAAGAGCUUUACAAUGCCACUACAAGCGAAACGCAACUACACCUCUUUAUUCACCAUGCCCUGUAUGAUGGCGAGGCAAUGGCGCGGCUACUUCAAGAAGUUGAAGAUGUUAUGCUGGGCAAAGAACUGCCCCCACCGGUGGCAUUUGACUCCUAUUUGGAGCUAAUGAUUCAAACAGACACUCAGGCGGCGGAUUACUUCUGGGGAGACUAUUUAGAUGGAUUUUUCCCGACAUACAUUGCAUCCCCCAAGCCUCGCGCGGGGAACCCUACGCAACGGAAAUUCCACACCUUUAGCUCCCAACUAGAUCACCCGCUUUCUUCUGUGAUAAACUCCUGCAAAGACGCCAACGUGACUAUUCUCAGCCUUUUACAGGCCGCAUGGGCAAAAUUGUUGGCAUUUUAUUCCUGCGCUUCUGAUGUCUGUUUUGGACACGUUACCAGCUGCAGGUCCCUGCCUGUGAACGGAGCGGAGCGGAUCGUUGGUCCUUGCUUCAACACCCUUCCUAUGAGAGUGAAACUAGACAAAAACACUAUUAAUAGUGAUCUUAUGCUGCAACUGCUUAAGUCUAAAGUACAAGUGCUCCCAUAUCAACUUACCUCUCUACGGCAGAUACAACAACGCUUUGCUCCUAAUGGUUCACGCUUAUUCGAUACACUUUUGCUUUUACAGAAAAGCCCCCGGCCGCUAGAUGGAGCUAUAUGGAGAUUGGUGAAUGAAAAUGGAGAUAUGGACUUUCCCUUUGUCUGUGAGGUCGUUCCAGAUACUGGCAAAGACUUACUCGAAAUCAAGAUCCAUUGUGAUGGGUCUCACGUUCCAUUGGAGGAUCUGGAUCAGAUGCUUCAGGACUACACGGAUUCAAUUCUCCAUACGUUGAAAUAUCCAUCCGCUAGGGCUGUGGAUACUAGUAUGCUACGCAGUAUACCUCGUUCUUUCAUCUGUAUUUCGAAACCUGAUGCUGAGAAGGAGAGUACGUUGGAUAACACAAAUAUCUGGACGGCCGAAGCAUUGGAAGUUAGAGAGUUAGUGUCAUCUUUAUCGAACAUUAAUACGACGAGCAUCGGACUUGAGACCACAAUUUACAGGCUGGGCCUUGAUAGCAUUAAUGCCAUACAGAUCGCCUCAACUUUGAAGACUAGGGGGUACGAGAUUUCUGCAGGUGAUAUACUAGAGACCCCAAGCAUUGCUGAAAUUGCGUUUCGACUUCGGCGACCAAGUUCAGAUGGAAUACAUCUGGAUCAAUCACCAUUAAGUUUUAAGUCUUUUGAAUGCCGUCAUUGGGACGUUAUUUGUCACACUUUAGGUGGUCUUGCAGGUGAAAUUGAAUCUGUGCGGCCAUGUACCACAGUCCAGGCUGGAAUGCUAGCAUUAUUCAUCAAUUCGGAAGGUGACUUAUAUUUUAAUCACAUGUGCCUCGAAUCUACGCAUCCUAUGGACGAAGGUCUUCUAAAAACGGCAUGGAAAACUACUGUCGAACGGAAUGAAAUGCUUAGAACAGGCUUCUGCCAUGUCAACGACGAACACUCGCCAUUUGCGAUGAUUACUUAUCGAUGUGGAGCAUUCGAGCUUCCAUGGAACGACCUACCAUGUGAAAACCUUGAUGACAUGCCAGAGCAGAUUCCAGUGCCAAAGGGCUCUGACUACCUGAAUCAACUUUUCCGGCCGGCUUGGUACUUAACGGUGAAGACGCUGUCUGAUCGUACAAUUCUCCGCUUUUCAGCUCUUCAUGCGCUUUACGAUGCUCAUUCUUUGAAUAUCAUUCUAUCUGAAGUUUCCCAACUUUAUAAUGGUGCCAAACUCCCGAGGCCACCGGCAAUAUCGCCUAUCUUAGAGAAGAUUUUAUCUAGAAGCUCUACUGAGGAGAAAGAGACAGAGAAUAUAUGGGAAGACAUAUGCAAAGAUAUGCCUGUCACAAAAUUUCCUGAUUUAAAUCCUGUUCGAACUGAUAAACUUGAAGUACGUGUACUCUCCCAGCCUUGCUCAAAGCCUUUAUCUAGUAUAGUUGAAGCUUGCUCUCAAAAAGAGAUUACUUUACAGGCAGCUUCUCAGGCAGCCUGGGCACGGCUACUCGCAUCUUAUGUUGGGGAAUAUGAUAUUACGUACGGAAUUGUUUUAUCUGGCAGAAGUAUCUCCACUGACGCUCAUGAUAUUGUCUUUCCAUGUCUUACCACCGUUCCUUCUUGCUACAAGAUUCGAGGAAGUAAUAUGGAGCUUGUUCAAAGAACAAUGCAAAUGAAUGCACUUCUAAUCAAGGGCCAAUAUGUUCCUUUAGCCAAAAUUCAACGUAUGGCACACGCAGAGACUACAGUGUUUGAUACGCUGUUUGUUUAUCAGAAAUUCAUGUCAACCGCAGACAGGAAGCAGUCUUGGAACAUAGUUCAAGAGGAGGCUGUGACCGAUUAUCCCAUUUCCAUUGAGAUUGUUCCUACACUCGACAAGUUGCAGUUUUGCGUAACAUUCAAGAGCAAUAUUCUACCUGUCGGUCAGGCUCAACUACUACUCGAUCAACUUGACUGGCUACUAGUCAACACCAUCUUUUCCCCAGAUUCAGAUUGCACUCAAUUUCAGCAGGCAGAUAGAGGACUCUCGUCGGUAGUUCCUAGAAAAGAUACUUUGAUAGAAGCUCCUGUUCGCCUCUUGCACCAAUUUGUAGAGUUGAACGCCAACGACCACCCCUCAAGAACUGCUCUUGAAUUUGCUUAUCAACACUCUCAUGACAAAUUGGCAGUCAAAAGCUGGUCCUACAAAGAAUUUAAUGAUCAAGGAAAUAGGUUUGCGAAUCUGCUUAUGCGGCUCGGCGCAAGAAAAUCAAAGCUGAUUGGCAUCUGUUUUGACAAGUGCCCAGAAGCAUAUUUUUCCAUUCUUGCAAUUAUGAAAAUAGGGUCCGCAUAUGUUGCAUUGGAUCCCGGCGCCCCGAUUGCGCGAAAGGAAUUUAUCAUCAAGGAUUCCGGGUCGAAUAUUCUCCUAUGCACCUCCAAAGACAAAAAGGACUUGAUGAGAAUUGGUGGUAUAGAAGUCAUUGCCAUAGAUGAGCCAAGUCUUCUAGAUGGAUUUUCAAGCGAACCUCCCAUUUUGGAAGAUCAAAUUUUCGGAGAUGAUACUUGCUACUGUCUCUAUACCUCAGGCAGUACCGGUGUUCCAAAGGGUUGCGAAAUCACUCAUAACAACGCCAUACAAGCAAUGCUUGCGUUUCAAAGAUUGUUUGCUGGCCACUGGGAUCAAACGUCUCGCUGGCUCCAAUUCGCUUCAUUUCAUUUUGAUGUCAGUGUAUUAGAGCAAUAUUGGAGCUGGAGUGCAGGGAUUUGCCUGACGGCUUGUCCAAGGGAUAUUCUUUUUGAGGAUUUGCCCGGGGCUAUUAGACAACUCAGGAUAACACACAUCGACUUGACCCCUAGUCUGGCACGCCUACUUCGACCUGAAGAUGUUCCUUCCCUUUGCCGUGGCGUAUUUAUAACUGGCGGUGAGGCACUGAAUCAAGAGAUUUUAGAUACUUGGGGCGAGAAACAAGUAAUUUAUAAUGGAUAUGGACCAACAGAAGUGACGAUUGGCUGUACCAUGCUUCCCAGGGUCACCCAGUUUGACAAGCCCUCAAAUAUCGGCCCUCAAUUCGACAAUGUCAGCUCUUAUGUUUUCAUACCUGGAACAGAUAUUCCGGUAUUAAGGGGCGGUGUUGGUGAGCUUUGCGUAUCAGGCCCGCUUGUCGGUCGUGGCUACUUAAACAACCCCGAAUUAACAGACAAAAGAUUCCAAUACAUGGAUGCGUGGGGAGAAAAGGUGUACCGAACUGGAGAUCUUGUACGACUGCUCCACGACAAUAGCUUCUGCUUCCUUGGCCGUAUAGACGAUCAGGUCAAGCUACGAGGGCAAAGACUUGAAAUUGACGAAAUCAAUCACGUUAUUAAAUCUGGUGCGGCGUUGGAGGGAGAAGUAGCAACGAUGGUACUAAAACAUCCUUCUGCUGGAAAAGAACAGCUCGUGACUUUUAUCACGCGGCAAAAGCUAUAUAAAAAUGAAGCAGCUGUGUCUAUUGACUCUACAUCAGAUACCUUGGAGAUUCUGCGUAAUAUUCAAAGAGCCUGUCACCUUGCUCUUCCUGGAUACAUGAUACCAACACAUAUCAUCCCCCUCACUAGGUUUCCAUUAUCCCCAAAUAACAAGAUUGAAAGGAAGUUACUGAAGCAAAUUUAUUCAAGCUUGACUCCAAGUGAAAUGCAGAGUCUUUCGCCAAACAAGAAUGAAACACAGCCUACCCUACUACCGGGUACUCAGAAAAUUAUGUCGGUUAUUUCCCAGGUGGCACGAUGCAACGUAUCAGACAUAACAUUGUUAUCGAACGUCUUCCAGCUUGGAAUAGAUUCUAUCUCUGCAAUAUCUCUAGCCCAGCAUUUGAGGGAAGCGGGCUUUUCUAGUGCUCGGCCAGCACUGAUCAUGAAACACCCGGUUGUCUCCGUACUAUCAGAAGAGUUAUGCAAAUCUGAUCAUGUCAAGCAACACCAGCAGCUGUAUCGGGUUGCUAAACAAAUAGUUUCGGCUUUUGCACACAAACAUCUAAACACAUUGUCCACGGAGCUUCAUAUCAACCCAAGUACUAUUGAAUCUAUAGCACCCAGCACACCACUACAAGACGGGAUGAUAUAUAGCUUCCUUGAAAAUCAAGGGAUGUAUCUUUCAAACUUUACAUUUGAGCUAGAAUUAAACGUCGACAUUUGGCACUUGGAGGAAUCCUGGCGCAAAACACAACGCACUACUCAAAUUUUACGCACCAAAUUUCUAGAAACUGUUGACGGCCAUGCACAGGUAGUACUAAAAGACGAUGCCUUCCCAUGGUUUAACAUUGAGACAAGUGAUACGGAUGUUUUGACUGUUUCAAAAACCCGAUAUACUGAGUGGCGCUCGACCUUUCGCAGUUUCACUGAGAAAAUAUGGGAAGCUGGGGUUAUUCGAGGGCCAUUAAAAACAGUUAUGUGCCUGAAUAUGUUUCAUGGCUUAUAUGAUGGUAUCAGUCUUCCACUCCUCUUAGAGACCGUUGCCCAAGCAUAUUUUGAUAUUGAGAGGCAACAAACACCGUCUUAUAUUGAUAUCUUGCCGUUUGGUCCGCUGGCCAAGAACCCUGGCGCCAGACAUUUUUGGACAGAGAAUUUAAAAACCAUCGACGAGCAUAAACUCAUAGCUACAGACGAACAACUUAAUGAUAAGGUUCAUAAUGCCACCGUCGAAAUGGUGACAGGGAAUCUUGAAGAGGUUCGACGAAACCUUGGUGUUACAGAACAAGCUAUAGUACAUGGCUGCUGGCUUGGGGCACUGAAGGAAUACUUUGGAUUUAUUCCUAUAAUUGGACUGAUAACCUCUGGCAGGGCCCUGGAUGUCGAUGGCGUAGAUAGCGUUAUUGGGCCGCUAUUCAAUACUAUCCCAAGUUGCGUCCCAGCCCCAGUCUCAGCACCAGCCCUGUUAUCAAUCAUGGAUCUUAUACAAGCUUGCCAUAAGUUUCAUAUAUCUACUCUUCCCUUUCAACACACACCACUCCGAGAUAUCAUGAAAUGGGUGGGCCGAGGUGUCGAUAAUCCUUUAUUUAACGCAUUAUUUGUAUUUCAAAAGGCUUCUGAGGACGCAACCAAGCUGUCAAGGUUGCUAUGGAGCCCUACAGAUUCCCAGUCAGAGGCUGAUUACCCUAUCGCUUUUGAGUGUACAGACCAUGGAAAUGAUUUGUUGGUCGCUACUCUUGUAGCCAAGAGCUCCGUUCUAAAUGCCAAUGAUACAACCACUCUAGUUCACCGGUUCAAAACCAUCCUUCUGCGAUUUCUAGAAAGCCCAUCGACAGCAAUGGCGGCCUACCCUGGGUGUGCUACUAUGGAUGCUAUUUCGGCCAUAAACCCCAUUGAAGAGAAGCCCCGUUCAGUCAACAGCAAUUUGGAUAACAACACCGGCGAUUUUGAAUGGAGCAACAAUGCCUGUCAGCUUCGCCGGGAAAUCUCAAUUCUGGCAAACGUUGACAAUACAGUAGAUGAAAAUACUUCUAUUCUCCAACUUGGUUUGGAUAGCAUUGAUGCUAUCAAGUUGUCGUCAAGGCUAAAGAAACUAGGAAUCAUUUUACCAGUUAGCAAGAUAAUGCACUGUCGAACUAUUAAGUCUAUGAUGAAAGAACUUUCCUCAACUCCGACAUGUAAGAACAAAACUCUCAUAUCACUGACGGCCCUUGAAAAAUCGUUCCGUGCAUGUUUAGAGAGUGAUGGUAUCGAUCUUUCCGAUAUUGAGUAUGUACUUCCUGCCACGCCAUUACAAGAGAGCAUGCUUGCAGAAAUGCUAGCGUCGGACUUUAUGCAUUACUACAAUCACGAUAUCUUGGAAGUUGAGCCUCAUAUUGACAGCCAAAAGCUGAAAGAAGCAUUGGUGAAAGGUGUUGAAGCCAAUCCGAUAUUCAGAACCUCAUUCAUGCCACUUUAUAACCCAAAUCUACCAUUUUCCUUUGUUCAGAUCGUUGGAUCAGCGGGCUUCGAAACAGAUUGGAUGGAGACAGCGACAGCCGAACAGUCAAUUGAUGCCAUCUUUGAAAAAGAAAGAAGACAUGCAAUAGAUAGCGGCCUGGGAGGUCCGCUAUUUAGAUUAAACCUUUUACACAGUGAUUCAAAACGAUUUGUGGUUAUCUCCAUUGCCCACGCGCUAUAUGAUGGCUGGUCACUCGACCUUUUCCACCAGAAUGUUGCAAGAUACUACUACUCAGGGGCUGAUCACGAGCAACAACUCUACCACGGGGUGCUAGAAUACAUCGUCAACUCAGCUAACAGUGAAACAUGCUCGCAGUUCUGGAAGGGGUACCUGCAAGGGAUUAAACCCGCACCCUUUCCGAGGCGGAGUGGAGGAAUAUCCCAUGAAAUUUAUCGUGCUGAGACAACUGCAGAGAUCUCCAGCUCAACUGUCCUCGCAUUUUGUAAAAGCCAAGGGAUCACACUUCAGACGUUGGGCCUUACGUGUUGGUUGGUUGUAUUAGCAAUAUAUUUAUGUCGGCUCGAUGUUGUGUUUGGUACUGUGAUGUUGGGAAGAGAUGCAUCAGACGCUGAAGAGAUCAUUUUUCCAACAAUGAAUUCUGUUGCUAUUCGUGGGAUUCUUCACGGUACUCGACGCGAUAUGCUUCGAUAUGUUCAAGAAAUGUUGGGCGGUAUACUGGAGAAUCAACACUUUCCUCUUCGAAAGGCGAAAGCCCUAUCUGCAAUUGGAAGCCAAGAUUUAUUUGAUACUUUAUUCAUGUUGCAAAAGCGCCCACCAGGUGGAGAUAUGCGGCUAUAUAAGUCUAUCGAAAGCUUAGCGGAGGUUGAAUAUCCAGUAUGUGUUGAACUGGAAAUAGUUGAAGACUCUGUCGUCUGGCGCGUUGCUUGCAAGAGCGAAACGUUGAGCAAGGUUGAAACGACCCAACUACUUGAGAAGGUUCAAUAUUGCUUUGCAGAACUUAUCCACAAUCCUGAAAGUCCGACAGUUGAUUUUAGGGAGCAUGAAGUCUCCGUAUUCGGCUCCUCGUUUUCUGUAGCCGACACAGAAGAACCGGAAGACUCCCACGAAUUGAAUGUCAAUUCAGAGCCGGAGACAACUUGGACAAUCAUGCAAGAGCAAAUUCGACGUGUUCUAUCGUUAUUGUCAAACACUCCCGAGACUUCAAUUACAAGAAAUACAACAUUAUUUCACAUAGGUCUUGACAGUAUUAGUGCAAUCAAAGUUUCAUCAUUGCUAAAAAAAGAGUCGAUUGUACUUCCAGUCAGCGAUAUGUUAAUGGCUGGUACACUUGAGAAAAUGGCUCGGGUAGCAAAGUUUGUUGAAACCCACUCAGAACCCUUGGAUAUCAGGUCAAUAUGCUCUAAGAUGUUGGAGGGGAUAUACCUUGGCUCACUACUACAACAUUAUGAUAUUAAAGAGGAAGACUUAGAAUUCAUUAUUCCAGCAACAUCAGGACAGGUAUACAUGCUGGAGAUGUGGAGAAAUUCCAACGGACUACUCUUCUUUCCAGAUUUUAUGUUUCGUUUAGAGGGAACUGUCUCACAAGAGCAACUGGAAGACAGCUGGAAUAAGGUAAUCCACCAGCUCCCAAUCCUCCGCACAAAAUUUAUCUCGACAGACGAUGAUAAUAUGACAUACUUGCAAGCCGUUUUUAAAUCCAAAAACGACCAAGUUAUCUGGAGAAAUGAUUUGAAAAAUCCCCUAAACCGCUUUCAUUCGCCGGAAAGGAAUUCGAGGUUAGUAACGCUAUACGCUUCACAAUGCAGCUCAGAAACAGUCGUGAUGCUACAUAUUCACCACGCGUUGUACGAUGCAGUGAGUCUGCAACGGAUUAUAGACCUACUUUAUAUGUCAUGCUGUGGUAAAUCCAUGGUGUCUGGGGCUAUGGAAGACAUAUCCCACUUCAUUGCCUUUAGCCACACUAAUUCACCCGCUGAAGCCCGCAGGGCGUUUUGGACAAAAUACUUAACAGGCGCAAGCCAAGAAUAUAAAACUCCACCAUCUAGUAUUUCUAGGACCUCUCAUUGGCCAGGAACAUUGCCAAAUUAUCAUCCUUCUCUCGUUGCUGAUAUCGAAGACCUGGAAAAUGUGGCACGGACCCAUGGCGUGUCUAUUCAAUCCAUAUUCCUGGCAGUAUACGCCAAAAUUCACAUGAAAUACUUUUCUCACUGUUCAAACAGCACGCAUGAAAGCUUGGUACUCGGCCUCUACCUUGCCAAUAGGUCCAAUGCAAUGGAUGGACUCCUAGAGCUAGCAGCGCCGACUCUGAAUAUUGUCCCACUGCAUAUCAAAAAUCCGCGAGGCUGUGCUACUAUUCAGCUGGCUCAAUCUAUCCAGCAUGAUAUACACAGCAUCAGCAAUAUCCAGAAUUCAUGCGUCUCCUUGAAUGAAAUUGCAAAAUGGACUGGGGUGACGCUAGACGUGAUUGUUAACUUUCUCAGAUACCCAGAUACCACAAUAAGUCAUGACGGCAAUGAGCUGUCCAGUUUUAUGCUACUUGAAGAAACGGAUAUGACGAAAGGUAUGCCAAGAGAGCCAGGAACCUUCCACUUGGAGGCGAUUAGUGGAGGGCAUAGAACCCAAGAUAAUGAAGCAGAAUCUCGGCGUAUUUUUAAACCGUCGAUCGAUGUUGAAGCAGCCAUCAGGCACAAUUCAUUAGAUGUCGGUAUUUUUGGCCCAGAGACACGGAUUAAUAUUGGCCUGUCCGAAGCCAUUAUGGGUGAAUUGAAGCAGGAGUUGUUUGACAUAUACAGGACUACUAGACGGGAAGAAAAGGACUAG